AUGCAAUUUAUCGGUUCUCAACACAUUUCAACUACUAGCUAUCACCCAGCCUCAAACGCAGCUGUUGAAAGACAAAUACGACAAUUAAAAGCAUCUCUGAUGACUCACUGCCGGAAUACUGCAGAUUGGUAUCAAAACUUGGGUUUAGUUCUACUUGGCAUGCGAACUGCCAUUAAACAGGACUUAGGAUACAGUAGCGCCGAACUACUUUAUGGAACACCAUUGAAAUUGCCUGGAGAAUUUUUCUCGACCAACCAACCGGGUAUCAACACCAACCCUCAGGCGUUUAUGAAACGCUUGAGCAAUUUCAUCAAUAAGUUGAAACCAAUUCAACCGAGAACACCUCAAAAUAGAAAGACAUUCUUAUCACCAGAAUUGAAUACUUGCAGUCACAUAUUUCUACGUGUUGACGCAGUUAGAAGACCACUGAUACCACCUUAUCAAGGACCUUUUCGUGUUAUACAAAAAUACGACAAGUUUUUUAAGAUUGAUUUUAAAGGCAAACCUACCACUGUUUCUAUUGAUAGAGUUAAGCCGGCUCAUGAAGAAAUUUUCACUCCCGAUACUCAGGACAUUUCUAAUUCAAAUACCCCAACUACUGAAUCUGACGUACUAAUACGCAGAUAUAACGUACCAAUAUCAACCGAUAUUGACGCCCCUUUACUUAUUACGCAGAACGAGGAAACUAAUAGCAAUCAACAAGGUUCAGGAUCAAUACAAUCAAGGACUCGACACGGAAGGACAACUAGACCGCCACAGAGAGACGAUUAUGUUUACUAUUAA